AUGUACAAAAAUUCAAGUUCAAAAUCAACAUUCUCCACCACUAUCAUCCUCUGUCUCACGAUCCUCUUGCUGAUUCUGGUAUCUCAACUGGCAUGGAUCGAGCGGAAGAUCGACAAUUUAUCUGAGAUAUCAUGUUCAUGUCUUAACAAUUCGAGCAAUAACUUUUCUCGACAGCCUACCACACCACUUCCAUUUGACAGAAAGACUGGUACUCAUAUUGCCACAGGACUGAGGAGUGUCUUUCAGAAUUUCAAAAUUGUCGUGAGCAAUAGCAAGGACAAAAUCCUGAAGAAUGACAAAGAUAAAUCACAAACAGAGUCUGAACCUAUUGUGAUCUCAGCCCGUCAUGAGUUAAUCUUCAAUGAAGAUCAAUCAAGUCUAAUCAAUAAAUCUCCUAAGCCCGUUCGCAACCUAUACAUUUCAACUUUCCUUUCCAUCCACCAUAAUCCCAACAAUCUCAGUCCUGCCAUCGCAUCGUUACCAAAAGAUAUAAAAUGGGUGACUUUGCAUAAAACACUCGAUCUGAGUCUUACCCUCAAAACCCCCGAAGUAGGUAGACAGCUCUUAUCAAAUCUUCAUCCAGUUGAUCGAUAUGGUAUGAAACAUCAAUUCGAGUUGUUCAAUCUUGCUGCGCAAUUCGACGAUGUAUAUACAGCUAGUAGGGUGAUUGCAUCGAUCAGAGGGUACGAUAGUGAUUGGGCUAGUUGGAAUUCAACCUUUUGGCGAUUGAGGGGUUGGGACUGGGAUGAAAAAGCCAUGAAGGGCUUACCAAGUAAUUGGAUAUGGGCUUAUAUGAAAGCCCAUCAAGAGACAGCGAAGCCAAUAGUCAAAUUAGGUACCGUUGAUAGAGAAAGAGAGAUCUAUUGGUUAGCUGUAUCGGCAAGGUUCAUGAGUAAUUUGACUCCUGUAAGUUGA